AUGCAUUUAGUUCAUUCGAAUGAUUCAUCAAUUCCAUCGGAUGAUUGGAAACCACCUUUUGUUACUUUAGAAACAUCAAUGGGAAAAAUGAUUGUUGAACUUUAUUGGGAUCAUGCACCAAAUACUUGUCGAAAUUUUGCUGAAUUAGCUCGACGUGGUUAUUACAAUCAAACAAAAUUACAUCGAGUUGUAAAAGAUUUCAUCGUUCAAGGUGGAGAUCCAACUGGAACAGGAAGAGGAGGAGCAUCUAUUUAUGGAAAAUAUUUUAAUGAUGAAAUUACUCCUCUGUUAAAACAUACAGGUGCUGGAAUUUUAUCUAUGGCCAAUGCAGGUCCCAACACAAAUGGUUCGCAAUUCUUCAUUACUUUAGCACCUGCACAAUCUUUAGAUAAAUUACAUACAAUUUUUGGACGUCUUCAUUCAGGUAUUCAUGUUUUACAAAAGAUUUCAAUGAUUCAAACAACAGAGAAUGAUCGACCAAUUGAUGAUAUUACACUUUUAAGAGCUUAUAUUACAGAAACUGAUUAA